AUGAGGCCGACAAUGAAAGCCCUCCCCAUAGCGGCGGCUUUCAUCGCCCUCUCCACCCGCUUCGUCACUGGCGCCCCAGCCACAACCAACCAACCCAUCAUCAUAGACCGAAUGUGGAGCACCACUUACGACUCCUCGAAAGUCCAAGAAUUCAGUAACCCCGGCAUCAAGUUCGUCUCUGGUACUGCCCUCACCGAAUCAGUCAACGUCACUGCCGAAUCCUCGGUUAAAAACAAAGACAAAUACGAUCAAAUCGGUAUCUCUAUCAAAGAGAACCAAGUUCACCAGAUGGUCGAUGCUUUCGGUGGAGGUAUUACCGAUAGUGUCGCCAUCACUCUGCAGGAUUUUAAGUUGAAGCAUCCGAAAGAUUACGAUGACUUGCUCCAUCUUCUGUUCUCGCAGGAUUCGAAGUGGUACCAGAGGGGUGGUGUGGGAAUGAAUGCAGUUCGUGUACCUCUGGGUGCUUGCGACUUUGGUGUUUCUCCUUACACGUAUGAUGAUACGGAGGAUGGAUCGGAGGAUCCGAAUUUGGAGCUGUUUACGAUUAAGAAAGCACCUAAGCUGUGGAAGACUCUGCAAGAUGUCGUUGCUAUCAACCCCAACAUUCAACUCUUUGCUACUACCUGGAGCGCUCCAGGGUGGAUGAAGGAGAAUACCAACGCCGACCAGCCUUUGUUCGGCGGUAAUCUCAAACCAGGCAUGGAGGAAGUUUACGCAAAGUACCUCAUUCGAUCCGUCGUCGACAUCAAAAAGCUUGAAAACCUCAACAUUUACGCCCUCUCCCUCCUCAACGAGCCUCUGAUCCCGGAACUCAAGUACCCAACGAUGAAAAUGACCGCCGUGCAAGCUGUCAAAGUUGGACGAAUGGUUCGCGAUGGACUUGACAAAGCAGGUUUCAAAUCGCUUAAGCUUCUCGCCUGGGAUCAUAACUGGGACAACACCGAGUAUCCGCUUGCAGUCCUCAAUGCUGAUCCUACGAUCUGGAACGGUGUUGCUUGGCACGGAUACGCUGGUUCACCGAGCGCUCAAAAAGUCGUCGCUGAUGCCUAUCCCGAGAAAGAUACAUACUUCACCGAAAAAACCCAGAUCACGCAAUACUUCUCCGAGCCGUACAAAAACAUGAAGAACACUGCACGAGAACUGAUUAUCGGAUCGAUCAGGUACGCUUCGAGAAGUAUCAUCAUGUGGAACCUGGUGCUGAGGAAGGAUGAAGAUGGGUUUACCACACCUCAUCUUCCGAAUGUUUGCGUGAACUGUAAUGCUGCGAUCCUCUUACUGCCCGAGUCGACCGAUGCGGAUUUGAACAAAGGCGAUCCGACUCAUACGAAAACGUUGGCGGAUGCUAAUGCUGCUACUAAGGCUGACAAGGAUAGCGGGAUCAAGAAGCGCGAUCUUAGUCGUCGUUCUCCUGCUGAAGAAACAACCGAGAUCAAGCCUAAAAUCCCCAGCAGGUCUGGUUCGAAGCCGCUAGACCAGUCGAUUAUACCAUCCAGGGUAUUCGACGUGAAGAAAACCGGCACUGAUUCAGUCUAUACUUCGUCCUUGUUCAAACGCACUUCGGACAUGGCUGUUCUCUCUCACCUCUCCACCGCUAUUCGACCCACAGGUGCUUCGAAAAACUACUCGAAGAGGAUCGGAGUCCAAUCCACAGACGAGUAUACCGAUCUUGGAGGCCGUCUUCUCGCUCAAGCUUUCAGACAAGACGGUGUCAAGCCAGGAGUGACGAGGUUUUCGUUGGUACUUCUCAACCAAAACGAUCACUAUGAGUCAGACGUGUUUGAGGCGGCUACUGCGGUGAUCAGUUUCAGAGGGAUGGUGGCAAAGGUUACAACUAUGCCGGGCCUGUAUACUUUGAGUUGGGAGGCCGAGACGGUUGCGCCGCUCACAAAGAAGGAUGCUGAGAGUGAGGAUGCUGCUCGUGCUGGUUCGCAGAAGGCUGACCCUGCGGCUAAAGAUUCUACUGACCCUGCGGCUAAAGAUGUUUGA